AUGUGCGAAAACUGCGACAACCUCUCAUCUGCCUUGGCUUCUUUGUCCGUUAGUACCCACAAUAUGGCCAAAACCAAUGUCAUCGAUCCUGAAGGGGAUGUCAUCCUCAUCUGCGGCAAGACUGAGUUCCAGGUCUCAUCCAAAGUCCUGAGCCUGGCAUCGCCGGUCUUUAAAGCACUCUUUAGCCCAAGUUUUGCGGAAGGACAGCCUACUUCAAGCAAAGCCAGUCGUAUCCAACUCCACGACGAUGAUGCAGAAAGUAUGCUGUUUAUGUGCGCCGUCCUCCACCAUAAGUGCGCUUUCUCCAAGGGCAUCGGUCUGGAGAGACUUGAGAGGCUUGCUGUCGUCACUGAUAAAUACGAUUGUGUGUGUGCCAUGUGCUACUGGGGAAGGUGUGAGAUUUAUAAUACCAAACACACCAAGGAACCCAGCCGCCUGCUCUGGCCAGCUUACGCCUUUGACGAGGCCCAAUUCUUUAACAGCCUUACCAAAUUCAUGAUGCUAAACCUACCCAACGACGGUAAAGCUCAGACCGCGUCAAGAAAGUACGGCAUACCAGAGGAGAUUGAGAGCCAUAUUCCGGAAGGUUUAAUUGAGGCCAUAUUCCUUGCCGAACAAGACGUCAAGAGAGAAAUGCAAAUCCAAAUUGAGCAAAUCAUCAGCCCCAUUGCGGAAAAAUCCACUGCAGGCGAUCUCAUCCUAGGCUCAGACGACAUCAUUUUCUCCCACUGCGAUUGCAUCUCCAUCAGCUCGCUUAUCAACGGCCUCUCCAGGCAAGGCUUAUGGCCUUUGACUUCGGCGGUCCACCGCCUGAGCAUCUCAAUGUUGUGCAAGAAGCUCGAAGCAUGUGAUGUUGGAUUGGCAAGCCGUAUCACUAAACUCAAGAAGUGCUCACGCUGUCCAGAGAACGUGGCUGCUAAGGUCGCCAAAAUCAGAGAAGCUGCCUUGACGAGGUUUGAGGGUCUGUGCCUUGAUUGCAUCAAGAACCCCGGGAAAUCACCGGAGCAAAGACUUCAAUGUCGAGUCCCGCACCAGCAUUUUCGAGGACUACCACGGCAGCUUCCGGUCUCAGAGGGACAAUAG